CACCGAAGCAUAAACCAAAAUGAAGAUUUUAAUAAAAAUCCUUCAAUUUUACGGCUACUGGACGUCCGAAAAUGACGGCAACCAUUUUACAAGCACGCAGCAAAUUUACGCGGUGGCCACCUCUUGGGUGAUCCUCCCGGCGUUAUUCUUCUGCUACAACCAUAUGUCCCACGUCCGGCUGGUGAUGAAAACGUCGAUCGAACUUAUGGUCAUCGUGAAGUACGUGAUCCACAUGGCAUCACUGUACGGAUAUCGCUCAAAGUUGGAGCUAACUCACCGAGAAUUGGAGGCAGCUCUAAAGCCUAUUUCGGGGGAUGAAGUUCAGGAGGCGGAAGUUCACGAUUUUCGUCGAAGGUUACACAGAGUGACCGAUCUGAUCAUCAAGUGGUACUUCAACGUUGAAUGUGUAGUGAUUGUCGUGUAUUGCUUUAUCCCUCCUACAAUCGUCAUCGUGCAAUAUGCGGCCACAGGAGUUGUCCCUCCGCUCUCCAACCUGAUAGAAUCUGAUUACGUACUUUUCGACUACAAGUCCAAAUUCGAAAUAUGGCUUUUGGUGGCCUUCGUUACGGGGCUGGCCGGGGUUUACAUUCUGAUAGCUGGCAUUAUAUCUGACCUGUUCAGUUGGUGUCAGUUGAUUCGGAUCGCGGGAUUGUUUCGAAUAGUUGCUGCAAAGUUUCGCAAUUUGGACAAGUUCCAAAAGGAAUCAGAAUUACGAAAAGAGCUCAUCAAAGUAGUUAAUCUACAGGAAAUCGCAUAUCGAAGCGCCAGGCAGUUUGAUGAGUUUUUGGGUAAACUCCAACUAUAUUUGUACGGAGCAUGCAUUUGUACUCUUUGCAUGACAAUGAUUGUGAUGGCUACGGCCAGUGAAGAUUGUGAGUUGCUGUACAAAAUGUUUCUGAUACUGUGGUUUAUGGUCUUUCAGAUUUUUGCGUAUUCAAUGCUCGGUACCGAAAUAAUGAGCGCGAGUUUUUCUGCUGCUGAGGCCAUCUAUGAGAUCCGUUGGUACGAACGUUCCGUUGAAAAUCGAAAGCUAAUACUACAAGUGCUAAUGAGAUCCCAAGAAGUGGUCACGAUGUCGGCGGAAAAGUUUGUCUGCGUGAACCGGGAAACAUUUGGGGCGGUUCUUCGAUCUACAUUUUCGUAUUACACUGUUUUGAGAAGAUUGUAUGAUGCUUAAACCACUACAGUACUUAGUUUUCUAAGAAUUACGUUUGAGCUUAACAUCUUGUAAUUCAUUAAAUAAUUUAGUAUUUCAGUA